AUGCUGUCCUGCCGCCUCCAGUGCGCGCUGGCCGCGCUCUCCAUCGUCCUGGCUUUGGGCAGUGUCACCGGCGCGCCCUCGGAUCCCCGACUCCGUCAGUUUCUGCAGAAAUCCCUGGCUGCUGCCGCGGGGAAACAGGAACUAGCCAAGUACUUCUUGGCAGAGCUGCUGUCUGAACCCAACCAGACAGAGAAUGAUGCCCUGGAACCUGAAGAUUUGUCCCAGGCUGCUGACCAGGAUGAAAUGAGGCUGGAGCUGCAGAGAUCCACUAAUUCAAACCCGGCCAUGGCACCCCGAGAACGCAAAGCUGGCUGCAAGAAUUUCUUCUGGAAGACUUUCACAUCCUGUUAG